AGCCAAAAUCUGAGGAAAUAAAUUCUGGAUUACUUGUAGAUGAAAGGGGAACUUUGUCUAUUAUUCGGAUUAGUGGUAUAAAAGCUUGUCUUUAAAACACGCUUUUGCAGACUAAUCUUCUCAUGGAAACAUCACAGGGGCCUCCUAUAGAUGCAAAAUGGAAUUUCGGCUCGAAUACCUGGUUGCUGCCUUGUUCUCUUAUAUGUUCCAUAUGCCUCAAAAGAGCUCAAGGAAUCGAAUCAGGACGCCAAUGGAGAUAAAGCUAGUAAAGAAUAAGAACAUUAGCUUUUCUGAUUCUCUUCAAUCACCAAUCCCUCUCCGUACAUCAAGCCCAAUUUGCCAGAAUUCAGUGGAAGAUGUGGGCCUCACAGGGAAGACUUGUAGAGAGAGUGAGAAAAAGAACAGAAGAGAGAGAAAGCAGUUUUGGAGAGAAGUGAGCAGUUUUUCUGCACCUAUUUGAAGUCUGAUCGUCACUCUCACGCCCACAGAGUAAGAGAUUUUCAGAGCUUGGAAUCAGUUUUCUCUCUCUUUUUUUUUUUUUGUUUCUCUCUCUUGUUUUGGAUAAAACCCAGUUGAGAAUUUGAGUUGGUUUCAUGAGAAUUGAAGUGAAAAGUCUGGGAGAAAAUCUGGGUGAUUAUGGAAAUGGAAAUCCACUUUGUGGGAUGGAAAGGGCCUUUUUGAUUGAUUUUGUUCUUGGGUAGUGGGGAGUGUUUUUGGUGAUUUUCUUGUUCUUUUUUCUUUUCUAUGAAGAAUCCAUUUUUGGGUCUUGAAAUAUCUUUCACUUUUUGUCCUUUCGCUUGCAUUUUGGUCACUUCAAAUCUUGUGAAGUCAAGAAGUUUCUGAAAGACCCAGUUCAGAUCUCUAAAAACCCAUCUGAUUUUCUUUCCAAAUCUUUGUUCAAAGACAAACCCAAUUGAGAAAAUUGCAGAAGGCGAGAAAA